AUGAGACUACGGUCGAACAACAUUCUGCGCCCGGUUGAUGCAUACGUUCCACGCCGCCGCCGAACGAAGAGUCCAUCGGCACAGCCAGAAGAGACAGUGAAUGCUACAGAGAAUGUUACAGCGAAUGCUACAGAAAAUGUUACCGCGACUGCGCCAGACACGCGCUCCGCACCAGAUGCACAGUCUACGCAAGGGUCUUCAGCACAACCUGAUGCGCAGAACAAACCCGCCCCAAAGCGAAAGUCAACCAAGAAGACCGGCCGCAAGAAGGCUGCCGCAAAAGGCAAGAAGAAGUCAGAUCCCAUCACCAACACUCAAGCCGAUACCCAAGCCGAUGCCCAAGGAAAUACUCAGGAAGAUGUCGUCACCAUUCUUCCGUCUGUUGAGCAACCUGAUCCCCGUAUGUUGACCUGUUCCCCUCCCAAGCCUCCCGAGCUUCCCAAAUCCCCCAGGCUCCCCAAAUCCCCCGAGCUCCCCAAAUCCCCCGAAAUCCCUGAGCCCACCAAGCUCCCUGAGUCCACCAAGCUCCCUGAGCUCACCAAGCUCCCUGAGCUCACCAAGCUCCCUGAGCCCACCAAGCCCAUCAAGCUCGGAAGGUUCAUGCGCCCGUCAAAACGACGCGAAGGACGCCCCAGCAAGGUCUUCACAUGCGGGGGUGCUGCCGAGCUGCUUCGGAAAAUGGAGUUUUCAGAGAUUUCACACCCAACUCCAUCCCCCCCGGAGACCCCUGUCUUGCGAUAUGCUUGGCCUCCUUUAUCCCCUGGAAAGGUUUAUGACAAGCUUACUCGCAUUCCCUGGUCACUUCCCUGGACUCCCCCAUCUCCCUGGAGGGGCUGGCCUCGCAAAUUCCAUCUCCCUAAACCCUCGGAUGAACCCACGCUAAUCAGCAUGGAAGAACCGAUAUCUAGGAAACGCAACCGAGCCUCGGAAGACGAUCACUCGUUAGCGAAACGUCACAAGCUAGUACUUCAAACCCCACCUGGCAUGGGAAAUCGCCCUCGCGGUAGUCCUCGCAGAACGUAUGCGGACCGCGCGCGGCGCCGUGAAGCGGAAAGGAACGGACGGAUCGAUCGUACAAUUUAUCGCGUCCCUCAAUUGCUGGCUCAGCAGGGGGAAGAUGGGAACUCUGGGCGCCUGAAUUCCUCACCCUCUCAUGCAGCCGAAGAGACCAUUGCCCGCAAUAAUGAGGUUGUUCCGUUUGCUGCGCUGCCUCCUGCACUGCCACCGAAUCACACCCAACCUGGAUGGGGCCGGUGGAUUUUCGACUCAGUAACCCGACUUUGGCAACGAGGAAAUGUACCCCAGACGGGAGAGGCUCCAGCAGUGGCGGAAGCCCAACCUGCAAUUGACAAUGAGCCUCACAUAACAACACCAUUCUCGGCUCCUCCUUCCUCAUCUGCUGUGUCUCGAAACCUGGAAUCUCCAACCCCGCGGUCUCGUGUUGCAGAGCCUCAAACCGCCAAGCGCAAAAAGUACACCUACGAUCUGGACCCCCGCGGGUUUGACCCAGAACUGCUCGCGCGUAUGCGUGCUCGGAGUUCAAAACCAGCACUUGGACCAGUUCCGGCACCCCCAGAGCAAAUUCGUGCACAUGAGGAAAACGAACAGAAGAAACGCAAGAGGCAACCCUCCCCGGAUGUCAUUCCGCAUCCCCCAGGAUGCAGUUACGGCUUUGAUCCAGAUUACUUCAUUUAUGAUGAUGACGAGGAGGAGGAAGAGGAGGAGCAACGUGCCGCAGAAGAACAGCCGCCCCAAGAUGAUAUGACUCAAGAGCCUAUCAUCAGAGACGCGCCGGAAGAGAAGGAUGAGCAUGUCUCCAAGCGUAAGCGCACUGGCAACACUCGCCCGGAAAACUUCAAUUACCAGGGGCAUUUCCAGACCCCCGGGUGGUCUUCUUCAAGCUCCGACGACUCUCCUCAAAGUGUAUCACAACUCCCAGUCGCUUCGCCACCUAAACCAAAACCAAAGCCGAUUUCAUCUCCUCAGAACGAAGCAGAGCCACUCCGCUUGGCCCGCAAAAUGGCACAGCCUUACAAGCCGAAGACCCCAAGUCGCCUUCGCGCAGCUCAUCGCUAUUCAAAUAGCCCCGCCACCAGCUAUCUCGAAAUCCGACGUCAGCAGGAGAUUCUUCGUCGCCGCAGGAUUGGCCCAUACCCACGUACAUUUGCCAAGGCAUGCCCGAGUGGCGAUCUCGAGCACAUCAUCUGGCCGGAGCCUGAACCUUGGGUUUCGCGUCUUGCCUUUGAUGAAAACCUCACGGAUUACAUGGAGAAAACAGAGACCCACCGUUGUUACAAGACAGUUGUCAACGGCGUACACGAAUUCUUCAUGGACAAACUUGCUGAAAAGCGAGCUGCAAGAGCCGCUAAAAAGCGAGCUGCAAAAUCCGCAAAACUCUCCAAAAUAUGCGUUGCUGCUCAGUAA